UGGGUGAGUGCCGCCGCCGCCGCCGGGGGCUCCAUUCCUCCAGGGCAGCGGCGGCUGCAGCCCCCCUGCCCCCGCGCCGCAGCGGCGGACGCCGACACACAAUGCGGGACUAGGCGCGGCGCGGGAGUGCCAGGCGGCGUGGGGGUGCCAGGCGGCGUGGGGGAGGCACGGCCCGCAACUCCGCGCGGGGGGAGCCGGAGCGCCGGGUUUGGGGGCGGGGAGCAGGCGGCGCAGGAGAGCGCCCCGAGUCCCAGCGCUGGAGGAGGAGCGGGAGCCAGCCCUGGAGACUGCGCUCCUGGCCGCACCUGCUCCCGGCAGGCGGCCGGCCCUGCCCUGACCCUGCCUACGGCCCCUGCCCCGCACCGAUGUCCUACAUUGUCUGCCUUCCAUGAGGUUCUGACCGCCCUUGAGAACAGAUGUACCCACUACAGGGUGAAGGGACACAUGGAAGCUGCCAGCCCCCCAGCCAAGGAUCACCUGAGUCCUAGGGCUGAUGCUUGCCUACGUUGCUGAGAAUGGCACUGAGGCCCAGCCAACAAAGGUUAUCCUGGGACACUCCUGGACAAAGAUCCUGAUGUCUGUUGUGAGCUGCACACUCAAGGGUGUGAUAACCAGCCCCAGUCGGCGCCAUGGCCUCUGCGGAGCCCCUGACGGCGCUGUCCCGCUGGUACCUGUACGCCAUCCACGGCUACUUCUGCGAGGUGAUGUUCACGGCGGCCUGGGAGUUCGUGGUGAACUUGAACUGGAAGUUCCCAGGGGUCACGAGCGUGUGGGCCCUCUUCAUCUACGGCACCUCCAUCCUCAUCGUGGAGCGCAUGUACCUGCGGCUGCGCGGCCGCUGCCCGCUGCUCCUGCGCUGCCUCAUCUACACGCUCUGGACCUACCUGUGGGAGUUCACCACCGGCUUCAUCCUGCGCCAGUUCAACGCCUGCCCCUGGGACUACUCCCAGUUCGACUUUGACUUCAUGGGCCUCAUCACCCUGGAGUACGCCGUGCCCUGGUUCUGCGGGGCCCUCAUCAUGGAGCAGUUCAUCAUCCGCAACACCCUCCGCCUCCGCUUCGACAAGGACGCUGAGCCCGGGGAGCCCAGCGGCGCCCUGGCCCUGGCCAACGGCCACGUCAAGACUGACUGAGUAGGAAGCGGGUGGGGGGCCUGGGGAUCUCUCAUGGAACUCAAGGACAAAGAGACCAAGCUGGUGAGGUUUCCCCCAUCCAUGCAGCAAAAGCCCUGCCCCGGCCAAGUCUCAGCCCUGUAGGGCACACAAAGCCCCCUAACCUCCGCGGGGGCCAGUGUUGGGGGGCUGUGGUCAGGUGUUGGGGGAUGGGGUGUGGAGGCAGCAGAGGGGCAUUGGGAAGGGUCCAUGGGUCCUGGCCCAUCUCAGGGGUUGGUGCCAGAAGGCCUGUGGCUGAGCAGCGAUGGGCUAUGUAGUUGACUUUGGAAGCAGCAGGCCCUGUCCUGGCUAAGGGACAAUGAGAAUGGGGCCGCAGGUGGGAGGCAAGGCCUGACCUCCCUCCCUCUGAUCUGGAUUUAGUUAAGCUUUGGCUGGUUCCAUUAGGCAAUAUUCAGGUGCUUGCUUGCAACCAAUACCUCCCCAGGGGCCUGCUGAGCUGCAGCCGAGGAGAGACUGGGCAGCCAGGAGGCUGCGUGGCAGCAAGGCUGGUCUGCAAGGGCUGGGAGACCCUCCCUUGACUCCUCUCCCCUCCCCCAGGGCCCUGCGCUGCUCCCUUGGCCUUCUGGGGACCCCGUGGUGCUGGAUUCCCACCAACCUUGGGCUUUUGGAGGUUUCAAUCCCCGUGUGUUCGGUGGCGUUUCCCCCUUUUCUGUCUUGUUUUCGAGGCCUUUACCGCUAGCAGCUCUUUAUCCACGUCGUUCACCACACCUGCCCCACCCCAGCUCCCUAGCCAGCACAGGAGCUGCCGGAGAUGGAGCCCUGAGACACCCUCAACCCCCACCCCCUUGCAGCCCUUCCCUCCACUGUUCCCGCUGGCCUGAUGCCUGAGGAGUUCCUGAGUUACACCUCCCUACCCCCGGUCUAGUGGGCUGUGGCAGUGCUCCCUUCUCAGUGGCUUAGCUGAGAACAAAUGAUGCCCUCCAAUGCACAGGCAGGCUGGGAUAGGCGCUGUGGAUCCCCAAUGGUGACCUAGAGGCAAGUCAGUUUGGUGGGGAAAAGGCAGAGUUCUAGGUCCUCUAUUCCCUGCCUGGUUUAUUUUCAAGACAAAACUGAGCAGUUUAGCUUUCUAUGGGAUGGAGAAGCCAGGUAUCCAGUGUUGGAGACCGAUGGAGAAUGACAGGAAGAAAGAGAGGAGGACCUUGCAGCUGUAGAAGGCUCCUUGGAGCCUCCUUUGUGGGAGGGUAUCAGUUCUGGUUCUGCCGUAGCCCCAGCCCUGUAGCAGAACCUCAGGGCUGCCCCUCUCCCCAAACUCCUCCCAGCAAGGCUGACCCUUUGAGCUUACUCCUUAAACAGUAUUAACCCUGCCACACUCAUGGGCAUUGGCACCUUGGUUCCCCUGCCCCACUUUGCCCUGUGACAGGUCCAUUGCUGGCAGUGGACAGGUGAAAUACUUACUCCAGCCUACUGGCUCUGACUCUCACUCCUCAAGGGGAAGGGUCCAUUAGAAAGUGCCCCAUCCCAUGGUACAUGGUCUCUUCUUGACCACAGUAGGACUCUUUGGUAGAAAUUAGCCUUCCCGUUUUUAUGAAUCAUUACAAAGUGACGGUAUCACCUGUGGAGAGAAUGUCCUCUUCCCUGCUGGCUGCCCUGCCCAUACUGUGCCGAUAGCACAACCCAGGGUGCAGGGUGUGGUGGGGUGGGCCACAGUUGUGUUCUAGGUCUGAAGAAAAGCUUGCAGACUCUGCCUUUGGCAGGAUUUUCUGCAGUUAGCCCUGUCCAGACCAGAACGAAGGGUAUUUCCUAGCCUAUUUAUUGGGCAGGCUCCUCAAAUCCAGGGAUGAACUACUUUCUGCAGAGGCCAGCCCUCCUUUUGAUUUUAUUGUGGCCCCAACUCCAGGGCUUUGGGGGUUACAGAGAAUCAGGCUUCUGGUGGGAGUAGAUCGUUUUCCAUCUAUAGAUGGAGAAAAUUCCAGGAGGAGAAUAUUGUCUGGCUUCUCUGUCCUCUCUGAGCAAUUGUUUCCUUGGUUCUCUCCCCAACUCCAUGUUGUCUUAGUCUCCCAGCACCCCUUCAGGCCUUCCAUGUGGGCCCCUAGACCACACUACCCACCUUCACACUCGCAUUCUACAACUGAGUCCAGUGGCCAGCUUGUUGAUGCCUCCAUAAUUCUCAGCCAGAGCAAGUCCUUGGUUGGCCCACCAGGUCGUGCUGCUCCAGAUGUUGCCUUGUGGGCAUUCCCUGGCACCACUUACUCUCUGGGUCCUAUAAGUUCCCAAGUGCAGGAGGUCCUGGGGGUAUGCCUGUGUGCCUGGCAACAUCCAGCAUUGUGUUUCUGCUCCAUCUAGGUGUCCCAUUUCUCCAAUUGCCCCUCAUAAGGCAUCAAACCUCCAACAAAGGAAGGCAACAACCCAUGGCCUGACCACGGGAUCUACAGGUUCAGAUCUCACCAGGAAUAGCCCAGACUUCACCUCUUGCUUUUUUGAGUAUCAGGGCCCCAAUCUGUUAGUGCCCAGGGACUCAAAGUUUGGAAUAAACCCAGCCCUACCAAGCAUUAAGGGUGCUGGUGGGGGCCGGGCGCGGUGGCUCAAGCCUGUAAUCCCAGCACUUUGGGAGGCCGAGGUGAGCGGAUCACGAGGUCAGGAGAUCGAGACCAUCCUGGCUAAC